AUGUUUGAUUUCAUUUUCAGUCAUUCUUUCAUGCUUGGUCCCGGUGGCGCUUUCUUUUCUGUUUCUUCUUCUUCUCUUUGUUCCGGUUCUCGGUUCCUACAGGGAUGGAACCGGAACCGCAACCGCACAGUUUCGGUUUCAGGUUUUCGGAACCGACCCUGUGGCAGCCGGUUCCGGGUAGGAACCGGAACUGAAACCCGGGUACCCGUCGGUUCCCGUUCUCCCCUAUUUUUUUGUUCACCCCUAAUUCUUGACAAUGAAAAAGCUGUUAUUGGUCUAGUUGGAGCUGCUUUGGCCCUCACGGUGGUGGGAGUGGGACCUGCCUCAGCUGCUGAAUUGCCGUUGUUGGCCUCAUCUUUGCAACUGAGUGAACCAUCCAAUGCCUUGUCCUUGCCCACCUGGGCCGUGCAUGUCUCCAGUGUUGUUGAAUGGAUUACCGCAAUGGCUUUAGUGUGGCAAUAUGGAGAGAAAUCUGGUUAUAAAGCAUGGAAAGGUCUUUCAUGGGGAAUGGUACCCCUGCUUGGUGGAGCAUUUUGUGCAUGCACAUGGCAUUUCUUUUAUAAUUCUGAGUCUCUUGAGGUAUUGGUGGCUCUUCAAGCUAUGCUUACAGUGAUAGGUAAUGCUACAAUGUGUUAUGCUGCAUUUCGAAUAUACAAAUCGUCAGAGGAACGGUCGUAGAAUCUGUAAAAUUCCUGUAUCAUGAUAUAAUCAUGUGCUUGAAUGCAUAUCCUUCUUGUUUAUCAGACAUAUCCAUAAUGAAGG